AUGUUCGUAGCAGCUAUGCCGUCACAGGGAGGCUUAAUUAACACAAUUGCGCUCGCAGUCCAGUACGACCGAGCAUUGCAAGACCCAAACGAGGAUUCUACGACCGGGCUAUGGGACCGUCUCCUCAACAACAACUUUGGCGGUGAUAAUUGGAUUGUAACUCCUCAAAAACGCCAGACAAGCGGUGCGAGACCAGACUUUGUUAUUGAGAGAUUCUGGUCAAAUAGUGCAUUCAUCGAGGUUAUUGUCGUCGAAGCAAAACCCCAACAUCAAACUAUGUCGCAGGACUCCUACACAGACGAACAGGUAUUAGGCUACGCAAUAAAUGCUCUCGAAACUGGUCAGGCAAAGGGUCAAAUGAAGAUAUUUGCUCUUCGGGUUGUGGGUACGCGUAUGAUGGCGUACAAGGUGACGAGGGCCAAUCAAGUAUUAACACCGCUGGCGUCUGAUUAUAUGGACCCUAAGGUCAAUGAGGCAGCUAUGAGGCAGGUUUUUGAUAUGAUUAAGAACGCAAAUGUUUUGGCUCCAUAA